CAUCUAUCAUCAGAAUUCAGAAAUUAACUUUUAUGGCCCAUUUGUCACCUUUGGGGAAAGAUCAGUAGCGGUGGCAACCUGAGUAUACGCCACCCGUUAAAGGGUCAGUCCCUAAAUUAAAACUUGAAAUCCCCCACGGCUACACUUGCUCCUCCAAUUUAGCUAAAGCUAAUAUCUGGCCAGGCCUAUAAAACCAAAACUCUAUAAUCUCAAACUUCGCAUCAUCUCAAAUGGCGGGUUCUCAUCAGCAAACCAAAAUCUGUUUUCUCGUUUGCUUGCUGUUCUUCACCUCACUGUCUCCUAUUUCUUGUGGAAAAGUUUCUUUGGAUCUGUACUACGAAUCCCUUUGCCCUUACAGUGCCAAUUUCAUCGUUAAUUAUUUAGCCAAGAUCUAUGAAAAUGGGAUCAUCGAUAUUGUGGAUCUAACUCUUUUUCCGUGGGGUAAUGCUAAGCUUAAAGGAAACAACACCUUCGAAUGCCAGCAUGGUGCGGCUGAAUGUUUGUUGAACACUAUAGAGGCUUGUGCAAUUGAUGCCUGGCCAGAUUUGAAGGAACACUUUCCUUUUAUAUAUUGUGUGGAAAGUCUUGUGGACAAUGGAGAAUACUCUAAGUGGGAAACAUGCUAUGAGAAAUUGGGCAAGGAUCCAAAGCAAAUUUCUGAUUGUUAUGCCUCCGGGCGUGGUAAAGAGCUUGAAUUGAGCUAUGCAGCACAAACAAAUGCCCUCGAGCCCCCUCACGAGUAUGUGCCGUGGGUAGUUGUGAACGGACAGCCCCUAUAUGAGGACUAUGAGAACUUCGUAAGCUAUGUCUGCAAAGCAUACGGAGGAAGAGACAAGGUUGCGACUUGCGGGAAACUACCUGGUGAUGCCACUCAAGAUGGGAUGAUCAGAUUCAUCAAUCCGUUCCGAUAUACUAAGAGAAUUACUCCCAAGUUAUCAACCAUGGGUUCAGUCGUAACGUCGUUGUUGAACCUUGCUAAACGAGUGGCAGUAGAGUAAGUUUAAGGUUGUUUUGUGUAGUUAAUGUUUGUAUGUUAAAGAAAUGAAGCCAUUAAGAUGCUGUACAAGUCCUGAGAUAAUGUGUAAAAGUUAUGUGUGCAGUGAGAUAAUAAUGGAGCUCAUAUAUAUUAUCAUGUGCAUUUCAACUCAAAA